AGGCCCGCCCGCUCGCCGGCCGGGCCAGUGCGUGAGGGCGCGGGGGGCCGUGUCAGCGAGACGCAGGGCGCAGCCGCCGCCACCAAACGGACAUGUUGGAGCUCAGCGCCGCCGCCGCCGCCGCCAGCGAACGGGACUGAGUGGAGGCCCCGGGACCGUCCGCCUCGGCCGCAGCCUCUGCCUGCUCAGCCUCGGGCUUCGCCGCGCCGCUCGUCGCCUCGCCGCCCCAAGCCCCUUAGGCCCGGCCGGCGUCCCGGCCCCGCUCCGCCGCGGCGCGAGGUCUAUGUGACCGGCGGGGGCCCGGAGCAGCCGCCACCGCCGUCUGCCGCCGCAGCGCGAACAUGGACGCCGUCAACGCCUUCAACCAGGAGCUCUUCUCACUAAUGGACAUGAAGCCUCCAAUCUCCAGAGCGAAAAUGAUUCUCAUCACUAAAGCUGCUAUUAAAGCUAUUAAGCUUUAUAAGCAUGUAGUUCAGAUAGUAGAAAAGUUCAUCAAAAAGUGUAAGCCAGAAUACAAAGUUCCGGGAUUGUAUGUAAUUGACUCAAUUGUGCGACAGUCUCGUCAUCAGUUUGGAACUGAUAAGGAUGUUUUUGGUCCAAGAUUCUCUAAAAACAUAACUGCCACAUUCCAAUAUUUGUAUCUUUGUCCAUCUGAGGAUAAGAGUAAAAUAGUCCGUGUGCUGAACCUUUGGCAAAAAAAUGGAGUGUUCAAAAUUGAAAUUAUUCAACCACUUUUGGACAUGGCAGCAGGAACCAGUAAUGCUGCCCCAGUAACAGAAAAUGUUGCCAAUAAUGAAGGCUCACCUCCACCUACAGUGAAAGUUUCUUCUGAACCCCCACAAGCUGCUCCCAACUCUCUGCCAGCUGUUCCACAGUUGCCCAGCUCUGAUGCUUUUGCUGCUGUGGCGCAGCUGUUUCAGACCACGCAAGGCCAGCAGCUUCAGCAGAUCCUUCAGACUUUUCAACAGCCUCCAAAACCACAGUCUCCCGCCCUUGACAAUGCUGUGAUGGCUCAGGUUCAGGCUAUCACAGCUCAAUUAAAGACAGCUCCUACACAACCACCUGAACAAAAAGCUGCUUUCCCCCCACCUGAACAAAAAACUGCAUUUGACAAGAAGCUGCUUGAUCGAUUUGAUUAUGAUGAUGAGCCAGAAGCUGUUGAAGAAUCGAAGAAAGAGGAUGCUGUUGCUGUUGGCGCAGCUGCUACUGUCACUGCUGCUGCUGCUGCUGCUGCCGCCGCCACCAUCACCCCUGUCCCCACUGCUGCAGCACCUGCUGCCGUGGCACCUCCUGCGCCUGCCACCACAGCCCCCGCUGCCGCGGUGCCUGCUGCCGCCUCUCCUCCUCCACAGACAGCCUUUGGCUUUCCUGGAGAUGCCAUGCAGCAGCCAGCAUACACACAGCAUCAAAAUAUGGAUCAAUUUCAACCUCGAAUGAUGGGAAUGCAACAGGAUCCAGUGCACCACCAGGUCUCGCUGCCUCCUAAUGGACAGGUGCCGGCUUACGGGAUUCUUCCGGCACCGUUUGCUCCCAUGGCUCAGCCUGUGAUGCCGCCAGCUCCGCCAGGGCAGCAGCCUUUCCAAGCUGCUGCUUUUCAGGCACAAAGUGACCCACAUACACAGAAGCCUCAUCAGCAGGAAAUGGAAGUAGAACAGCCUUGUAUUCAAGAGGUUAAACGACAUAUACCUGAAAACCGAAAGUCGAGAUCUAGGUCAGCAUCCAGGUCACCAAAAAGAAGGCGAUCUAGAUCCGGUUCUAGAUCUCGGCGGUCUCGCCAUCGACGUUCUCGAUCUCGCUCCAGGGACAGGCGCCGACACUCUCCUCGCUCUCGGUCCCAGGAAAGACGGGAUCGAGAGAAGGAGAGAGAACGCAGACAAAAGGGCCUUCCUCAGAUCAAAGCAGAAACUGCCAGUGUUUGCAGUACUACACUUUGGGUAGGACAGCUGGACAAAAGAACUACUCAGCAGGAUGUUGCCAGUCUCCUAGAAGAGUUUGGUCCAAUUGAAUCGAUCAAUAUGAUUCCUCCCAGAGGUUGUGCCUACAUCGUGAUGGUUCACAGACAAGAUGCGUAUCGGGCACUGCAGAAACUGAGUCGAGGGAACUAUAAAGUGAACCAGAAGUCCAUAAAGAUUGCCUGGGCCUUGAACAAAGGGAUAAAGGCAGAUUAUAAGCAGUAUUGGGAUGUGGAGCUUGGCGUUACUUAUAUUCCAUGGGACAAAGUCAAGCCGGAGGAACUGGAGGGUUUUUGUGAAGGAGGCAUGCUGGACGGUGAUACACUUAACCCAGACUGGAAAGGAAUUCCCAAGAAGCCUGAAAAUGAAGUUGCUCAAAAUGGAGGUGCAGAAACAUCACACACAGAAGCAGUAUCCCCCAUACCUAAACCUCUACCUGUGCCUGUCCCUCCAAUGCCUGUUCCUGCACCUAUAACAGUGCCACCUCCACAGGUCCCACCUCCCCAGCCUGGUCCUCCCGUCGUCGGUGCUCUGCAGCCUCCCACUUUCACGCCUCCUUUGGGGAUCCCCCCUCCAGGCUUUGGGCCUGGUGUCCCUCCUCCUCCCCCUCCUCCACCAUUCUUGCGCCCAGGAUUCAAUCCGAUGCAUUUGCCACCAGGUUUUCUUCCUCCUGGACCCCCACCUCCCAUAACUCCACCAGUGUCCAUUCCUCCUCCUCACACUCCACCAAUAAGCCUCCCAAACUCUACUAUCGCUGGUAUAAGUGAAGACACUACAAAAGACUUAUCUAUUGGAAAUCCCAUUCCAACAGUGGUGUCUGGGGCUAGAGGAGACGCCGAGUCUGGUGACAGUGCGAAAAUGUAUGGCUCUGCCGUGCCACCUGCUGCACCCACGAAUCUACCCACCCCUCCUGUCACUCAGCCUGUUUCACUUCUUGGGACGCAAGGAGUUGCACCUGGUCCCGUGAUGGGGCUCCAGGCACCAUCGACUGGUCUGCUCGGUGCCCGCCCUGGCAUGAUCCCGCUGCAGCGCCCUCCAGGGAUGCCACCACCUCACUUACAGCGGUUUCCUAUGAUGCCACCUCGCCCCAUGCCACCCCACAUGAUGCCCCGAGGCCCACCCCCGGGACCAGGGGGCUUUGCAAUGCCUCCACCUCAUGGAAUGAAAGGCCCCUUCCCACCCCAUGGCCCCUUCGUUAGGCCUGGAGGGAUGCCAGGGCCAGGGGGCUCGGGCCAAGGGGGUCCUGAAGACCGAGAUGGGAGGCAGCAGCAGCAGCAGCAGCAGCCGCCUCCACCCCAGCCCCAGCCCCCGCCACCUGCACAGCAGCCGCCCCCAGCGCAGCAGCCGCAGCAACAGCAGCAGUUUAGGAAUGAUAGCAGGCAGCAGCAGCAAUUUAAUUCGGGUAGAGACCAAGAAAGAUUCGGAAGAAGAUCUUUCGGAAAUAGGGUGGAAAAUGACCGGGAUCGGUAUGGGAGCCGUAACGACGAGAGAGAGAGUAACCGUGAGAGGAGAGAGUGGGGAAGGAGGAGCCCUGACCGGGACAGGCACAGAGACUUGGAAGACAGAAGUAGACGCUCUGGUGGGCAUCGAGACAGAGAGAGAGACACCAGAGAUAGGGAGUCUCGUAGAGAGAAGGAAGAAAACCGGGGGAAGGAGAAGUCCGAGGUGACAGACAGGGCCGGCAGCAACAAAACCCUGGAGCCUGCCGUUAGCCAAGUGGGGAAGGUAGAGGCCGUCUCAGAACUUGGUAAGGGCCAGUGCGAGGCGGCCACCCUCAAACCUCCCGAAGAGACACCUGCUGAGGCUACCUCAUCGGUGGAAGCCACCAAGGAUCCUGGCUCGGCAGCCGAGGCUGCUCGUUAGACUGGAGUUUGUCCAUGUGACAGGGACACUGGGAGUGGGCUUGACGUGUACAGAUGCUGUAUUAUAUCGGCUCCGCUAUAUCACAGCCCCACAGUAGUUGGUGGGGAACUGUAAGCAAUUUGAUUGCUUCCCUUCUAUUUAAAAAUAGCCACAAAAUAACAAAAAAUACUGAGAAUAUGAAUAAAAUAUUACCCCUUUUGCUGUAACUUUUUAAAAGUUUUGACUUUAAAAAGUUUACAAAUCAUAAUUAGAAGUGCUCUAUUUUUUUUUUUUUAAUUUAAGACAAGGUAACGGUGAAAGCUCCUCAAACAAUAGGGAUGUUUUUAAUAAACUCUAUUUUCGUAACAAA